CCGUCCUCCUCCCCUGCGAAAUAGCCGAGUUUCUGCAAGGCAAGGCAAGAGAAUGAUUGUGACGCUGGACUCACCAGCAGGCUGUGAGCCAUCGGAGGGAGGGAGCACUACUACUACAUGUUCCUCCUCCUCGCGCCGCGGAAGGGUCAAAGUUUGCAGCCAACAAUAGUCGGAAAACAGCGUCAAGAGAUCCAAAAGAAAGGAUUGACAUUCUGAAGAGUGUUUUUUUAGUUCUUGUCUCUUCCAAGACGAUGGCUCCGUGGCUGGGACGCGCACUUGUUUCUCUGCUGGCGUUCUGCUUUACGCUUGUUCCAGUGCAGGCUGAAGGAAAUGAGCUACACAGGCAGAAGAGAGAUUGGAUCCGGUAUCCCAGGCCGGUGAAGGAGAACCACGACUACACCGGAAUAGAAAUUGCAAGAAUUCGUUCGGACAAAGAGAACUUGACAAAUAUUGUCUAUUCCCUCAGUGGGCCUGGUGUGGACAAGCCCCCCCUUAACAGAUUCAAGAUCAAUCCCUCAACCGGCGGCGUGAAAGUCACAGUCACCCGUUUGGACCGAGAAGAGAUCGCCUUUUAUGAUCUAAAAGGAAUGGCAAAAUUCUUGGAUGGAACAACUGCCGAGAAGACCUUAGACCUCAGAAUUAUUGUUAUAGACGAAAACGACUGCACACCUGUUAUUAAAUCAGAACAAGUGGGAUCUGUCAAUGAAUCUAGCGCUAUAGGCACGGUCAUCAUGAAGGUGAUUGCAACCGACGCUGAUGACGAGACCUCCAUCAACUCCCAGAUCUUCUACAGUAUCAUGGAGACGAGCAGCACCGCCGGCAUGUUCGCCAUCAACUCUCAGACCGGAGAGGUCUGGGUUCAACGCAACACGCUGGACAGGGAGACAAAAGAUACAUUCAAGGUGAUUAUAAGUGCGUCCGACCUAAAUGGAAAACCUGGGGGAAAUACAGGAACCGGCGAGAUUGAGAUCAAAAUCCUGGACAUAAACGACAACAUUCCCACCCUGGAAAAAGAAUGGUACGAGGGCAGCGUGGAGGAGAACACCAUCAACGUGGAAGUGAUGCGGAUGAAGGCGGUGGACUUGGAUCUGAUUUACACCGACAACUGGCUGGCUGUUUUUGAAAUCGUCUCGGGAAACGAAGGAGACUAUUUUACCAUCACGACAGACUCCAUAACCAACGAGGGAAUCAUCAUGAUUCAGAAGGAGCUGGACUACGAGGAAAUUAAGACCCUCAACUUGGAAGUGGGGGUUUCCAACAAAGCAAAGUAUAAUUUUGGAAGCGCAAGUUCAGAAUCCACAACUACGAAAUUCUACCGCGUGAAGAUCAAUGUGGUCAAUCAGAAAGAGGGUCCCCGUUUCCAGCCCACGGUCAAAGUGGUGACUCUGUCCGAGGACCACACUUCUAUUCAUAUAAACAAAGUAAUCACCACCUACGCCGCCAUUGACAGUGAUACGCUAAAGAUUGCCACCAACGUAAGGUAUGCUAAGAUCCGCGAUGAUGACAACUGGUUGAAAAUCAAUGAAAAAAACGCUGAGAUUAGGCUGAAUAAACUCCCUGAUCGAGAGUCCAAGUUCUUGAUCAAUGGAACAUAUUAUGCCAAGAUUAUAUGCACCAGCAAUGAGCUCCAAUCGAAGACCGCCACAGGGACCAUUGCUAUUCAGGUGGAGGACUACAACGACCACUGCCCCCAAGUGAUCGCGACAACUCACACCAUGUGCUACGGCGAGCAUGUCGUCUACGUCACCGCCGUGGAUGAGGACGAAUUCCCAAAUUCGUUCCCCUUUGAGUUCACUGUGAUUUCGGGCCGCAGCACGGGGAAGUGGACCGUGGAGCAUCUUAAUGAGACAACUGCCCUCCUGAGAGACCAAGCCCACCUGUGGCCAGGGUUUUACCAAGUUGCCGUGGAGGUCAAGGACCAGCAGGGGAAGUCAUGUGCCGACGCUCAGAUGCACGACAUCACCGUGUGCACGUGUCAUGAAAGCACCAAGGCCUGCAUGGACCGCAGCACAAAGGGUUCUUCUUUUAGCGUGUCAGGGAUUCUCCUACUGCUGCUUGGCUUACUGCUGCUGCUGUUGGUGCCUCUACUGCUGAUGUUCUGCCUGUGUGGAGGAGCUGGAGGAGACUUCAAAGCCAUUCCUUUUGAUACUAAACAGCAGCUCAUCUCCUACCACACUGAGGGUCAAGGAGAAGAUCGGGAAAUUCCUUUUCUGCAUACACCGGACGGUGGAACCGUGACUAUCACUAAGGACCUCAACACCUACGAAGGAAAGGACUACCUUGGGGGACUGGUAGAAAUGGGAGGGGCCAUAGGGGGGGGAGCAGCUCUCGGCGGCCAUAAUCAUUCAAUUUUAACUCAUGAGAAUGUGCACCAGUACAACGAAUACAGCCAAGCCAGGAUGGGUGGGGGGAUGAUGACCGGACAGGAAGAGUACAGAGGUGGUCCCUACGAUGGCUUGACUCUAUCCGAUCACUUCCUGGAGGAAUACUACUCAAGUAAAUCCAGCCAUGCGGCACAGCAGUCCCAACAGAAAGACGCCCUGAUGGUCUACGACUACGAGGGCAGGGAGUCUCUGGCAGGUUCUGUGGGCUGCUGCAGCCUCCUGGAGAACGAUAACGACCUCUCCUUCCUUGACGACCUCGGACCUAAAUUUAAAACUCUCGCUGAGAUUUGCCAGGGCUCCGCCUUUACGGUCGAGUGUGGAAAAGAUUGUGCCCUUCCGCCGGCUGCUAGGCCCGUGUCUCCUGUCAGACCCUCCACCCACACGCACGUCCACACUCACACUGGAAGCACUAAGGACAGAAAUGGCGUCCGUAUUGACGGCAUCAACACAUCCAAUGUAACAUCUGGAAUGUCCACGCUUCUCCACGAGGGUCACAUGUCCAGCACAGCCCAGGCGUCAACCACACUCUCUAAGGUGCAAGUCCAGGACAACAUUGUGAUCCCUAAUCAAACGCUACUGAUGCAACAGCCUGCUUUGUACUACGCCGCCACACCCAUGUAUGUCAUGGAGCCCAACCCCCAAAUGGUUCUUGUUGCCGGACAGCAGGCGGCAGGACAAGUGGGUCAGUUUGGACUAGCGCAAGGCCUGGUUCAAGUCGGGGGCCUGCAAGGGUCUCAGGGCAUGGUGCUGGUCGACGGGCGUGCAGGACAGCAGGCAGCGGGACAAAUGGGUCAGGUUGGACUAGCGCAAGGCCUAGUUCAAGUCGGGGGCCUGCAAGGGUCUCAGGGCGUGGUGCUGGUCGACGGGCGUGCAGGGCAGCUGGCGCAAGGAACCUUACCUAGACAAGUCCUGGUGGUGGAGGGCGGGGCUUCGGGCGGGGCUUCGGGCGGGGCUUCGGGCGGAGGCGCACAUGUUGCCUUUGUCCAGACGGCCCGGGGGUCUACUCAGCAAGGGUCAGAGGUCCGGGGCCAAAGUGUGCGGGCCAAGAGUUUUUCACUGGCCUCUCAAGAUUCCACAGGGUCAAAAGAGGACUUUGUGCUGAAAGCCACACCCAGGUCCCAGAGCAGCCAGAGAGUUGUUGUUCAGCGGAAAAAGGUCUCGGUCACAGAGAGAAAUGUAGAAUCUAGUUCUAGAGCAUAAAGAGAACAUUUUAAAUAUACUGUAUACACAGUACAGGCCAAAAGUUUGGACACACCUUCUCAAUCGAUGCAUUUUCUUUAGUUUCAUGACUAUUGUCACUGAAGGCAUCAAAACUAUGAAUGAACACAUGUGGAGUUAUGUAAGGUGAAAUAACU